AACCGGACUGAAUCUUGGUCUAGCCGAGAUCUUUCAUCAAUACUCUAUUGGCUCAAAGAAUGCUGGGUGGGUCUACUACCUUAGAAUUCGCCGCCGCCGAGAGAAGAUAAUCAAGCACACUCCGGACAAAGAUCUUAACGAUGAUGAUUUCUUUUGGGUCUCUGGGAACUUUGAGGAUUUUCAAGCUCAAAUUCCUGGCCGACCUAUAAAUUGGAAAAUGGGAGAGCCUGGUAAUUUUACUUCGAUCUUCUGCUUUGUAAGUUAUAUCGGUUGUUAAGUUUGUUAGCCGAACUAACACUUCUCUUUUUUUGCAGAUUUCGCCCAUCUCCAUUCCUUGUAUAGCUAUCCUAACCUCGGAGUCUUGAGAGCCGCAUUUCGGGUUAAAGAAAGAGAUUGGGCCAAGCUUCUAAAUUUCGAACCGACCUACCGUUACAGCGGUCGACGGAAAGCAAAGGUAACCGAUUUUCUUCUCGAGGAAGACCUAGAACCGGAUCCAACUUUGCCCGAGAUAAGACUUGUCCCGCUAACAGCUGAGGAAGAAAUGGCAAAGAAAAGCAGAGUUAGGGCCCUCCUGACCGCAACAACCAGGGCCGAAGUAACACCAACUAUUGAGGUUCAGCCCGCAGUCGUAGCCCUUCCUUCACAACGGCCUUCUUCAUCUCGCCCUUCAAAACGCGCCCGAUCUACGUCAGCCGAACAGCAACUUGUUGACGAAGUCGAAUCCGUCCCCCAAAGUCCUCAUCCUGCCUCCCAACCAGAGCAAACUGACCGAGCCCGUUCUCCGAAGUGGGCUCCGCCUUUGAUCUUCAAUGACCGGAACAUCAAAGCCACUGAUUCGGUCGUGGCUGAAAAAGACCACCAACUGGCCUUUAACCUGGCCAAAAGUGUGUGCCUCCCCAAGGACAUGGAGCACCACUUGAAGCAACUAAACACCGAAAUGAAAUCAAUUCGGUCUGCUUCCAAGUCCAUGAUCUUGGCCUUGCAAAAGAACAAUGUCACUUAUAGGAAAGUCCAAGAACUCCGCAAAACCACAAGGCAGGCGAUGGCGGAAGCCGAAGCAAAGUCGGCCGAACUACUACAAGCCGAAAAGAGAAUGGCCGAGCUAGAAGCAGAAAACGGCCGUCUUGCCGAUCUAGUUAAUUCGGCGGAAGCGGAGAAGCAGAAAGCUGCCAUCGUUAUGAAGGACAAGUAUUUGCGGGAGUUGGUGAAGCUUGAGAGGAGGAAAGACGCCGAAAUAGGCGAACUAAGAAAAAACAUGGUGGAAGCCGAAAAGGAGGGCUAUAAACAAGGUUACAAGAAGGCCGAAGACGCCUACGUCAAACAAUGUGAUGCUGCGAAGGAGCUGUUCUUCAAAUGCGGCUGGAGGGCGACAGUGGAGAAGCUCGGUCAAGAUCAACAGGCCGAGGUCUUCAACCCUCCAGAUUAUUUUAUACCGGAGUCCCUGGCGGAGUACGCGGCUGCUCUGCAACAACAGUUUUUGGAAGACUCUGACUCUGAUGAUGCCUCUGAUGAAGAUACUCCGGCCGAAAAUGUGGACCAGCCAGUUCGGUCGGUGCCCACUGCUGAAGACCUAACUGUUGAUCCUCCCAGUGGAACCGUAGCCGAAGUGGCUCACCCUAGUGUGAAUGAGCUCCCUCCGGAGACUGGUCUUCAAGUUGAUGCCGAUGCGGUUUUUGACGCUGAAAUUGAUGAACUUUUCUCUUGAUUUUUUACUUUUUCUCCUUUGUAACCGAACUAAGCCCCCUUGUAAUGACUUCUCUUUGAAUGAAAAAUUUUACUUCUUUUAUUCCGGUUAUUGUGUGUAUGAUUGUAUUUUGUAAUGUCUUCUAUUACUCCAAGUGUUAUUUCGGUUUUUGGUUGGUUAAACUAUACUUACCAGCCAACCACUCCUUAGCCGACAUAAUUACUUCGGCUGAGGAGUAUUAAGUGUUGGUUUAUUCCAGCCAACCAUUCUUCAGCCUUACACUUACUUCGGCUGAAGAGAAACAAGA